AUGAGCACGAAUGAAUCACCAGUGAAAGAGACCUACCGCGCGCCAGCGUUUGCAGAUUUCGAACCUGAACUUUCGGCUCCGGGUGCUACGCCUGAAAGAUUGGCGUACCUGAAGGAGCACGGUUUUGUCAUCAUCAACGACUUUGCCGAUAACCCUUGGAUUCCUAUUCUUCGGGAGGCGGGUCGCCGUGUCACUGAGGCGUGUGCCCCCGAAAACAGCUACGACACAAUCGAUUGCUCAAAGGGUUAUGUCCACCGCGCCGCACACGACGAACCGUGGGCGAUCCGAGGACUCAUCCAUCCCGCUUUCGGUGAAUCGAGUUUCGCCGAGUUCCACGGCUCUUCGGAUUUCCUGGAUUUUGUUGCAUCUUGGUGUCACGGGCUUCAGCCUGAGGAUAUGACGUUUAGUGGGAUGCUGCUGUGGGCAAAUCCACGGAAACAGGAGAACGGACCCAGUUGGCACAGAGACGUGACGUGGUGGGGGGAUGGAGCAAGUUACUUCUCACAGCGGGAAAUCCGCGGGGAUACGCCUGAAGAUUAUUCCGAAGAGGUAGAGCGGAUCCGCUGGAAAGAAAUUCAAGAAAGCAAUGAGAAGCGGGUUACCGAACGGAACGGCGUGAGCAUGUUUUUGGCACUCACAGACGACGAAUGCCAUGAGGUUAUCCCCAGUAGCCACCAUCGAUGGCGCACACCGUUUGAGCAUGACGUGCUACUCCCACAGGGGAUGAAGGAUCAGGGGGUCCCAUAUACGCCGAGUUGGAACAAGUCUGACCCAUUGCCCGGUCAGGUUGCUAUUCGGCUCAAGCCCGGGGAGGCACUCAUCCGCAAUGGUAAUAACAUCCACACAGGACAUACCGUGCCUGAGCGUGAGCGCAACACGUUGUCGAUCGGCUGGUCAAAAUGGUCGGGCGAAUCCACCGGCGAACCUUCGACUGCAGACGCACGAAACGCUUGGCAACUUGAUCCUGCUAUCCGAGACGCUUUACCAGCACGGGUUUAUGCAGACAGCAUGGGACCGGUGGGCAGAAACCCAGAAACUCGGAGGCACGCUUGA